CCGAAGACGUAAUGGAGUGAUGCCUACUGUCCUCACAAUGGUCAUCUUUCUCGUGUUUUUUACUCAAUUCCACACCCGGGAGUUGCAAUGAAGGCGGGAGCGUCUUCGGUGUGGGCCUCGUGCUGCGGCCUGCUCAACGAGGUCAUGGGCUCCGGCGCCGUGAGGGGUCAGCAGCCAGGCUUUGGGCCAGCGGCCGGACCUUUCCGCUUUGCCCCCAGCGCCACGUACUCGACGUACCCGCCCACCAGCUCGGGGAGCGUGGGACCUACCUGCAAGGCCUGCGGUUUGGCCUUCUCCGUCUUCAGGAGGAAGCACAUCUGCUGUGACUGCAAGAAGGACUUCUGUGCGCUGUGCUCCGUGCUGCAGGAGAACCUGCGGCGGUGCACCACCUGCCACCUGCUGCGGGGCACGGCCUUCCAGCGGCCGCAGCUGAUGCGUCUGCGCGUCAAGGACCUGCGCCAGUACCUGCAGCUGCGCAACAUCCCUACAGACACCUGCCGCGAGAAGGAGGACCUGGUGGAGCUGGUGCUGUGCCAUCAGCGGGCGUCGUGCGGCCACGGUGCGGGGGACGAUGAGGAGGAGGAAGAGGAGGAGGAGGAGACAGAAGAUGAUGAGGAGGAGGAGGAGGAGGAAGAGCGUAAUGGGGGCAGCCUAAGGCUCCAAGCCCCCCGGCCCCCAGAAAGCGCCGCGAGCCCCUCUACCUGCGAGCAGACGGGACUCUCCGCCCCUCAGGGAGUUCCGCUCAGCAGGAGCGACAGCUCAGGAACCAGUGACCAGGACGAAGACGAAGACGACGUCCCCGUCGCCCUGAUGAACCUGGACCCCGAUAAAGACGAGGAGGCCGGGCCACUGGCACGGGGGCGAGAGCGCACCUCUCUGUCGGACCUGUCCAGCGAGCAGGACAUCGGAGCGCUGACGGUGCGCCAGCUCAAGGAGAUCCUGACGCGCAACUUCGUCAACUACUCGGGCUGCUGCGAGAAGUGGGAGCUGGUGGAGCGCGUGUGCCGCCUGUACCGGCACGCCGAGCAGAACAGGAAGUCCCUGGAAGGCUUCAGCAACAGCAUAACUGCAGUAGUGGCAUACCCCCCACCCAUCUGCAACGGCGGAGUCGUAGAUGGAGAGCGCCUCCUGCUGGCCGGCCAGGAUGACAACCUGUGUCGCAUCUGCAUGGACGCCAUGAUCGACUGCGUCCUGCUCGAGUGCGGCCACAUGGUCACCUGCACCAAGUGCGGCAAGCGCAUGAACGAGUGCCCCAUCUGCAGGCAGUACGUGGUGCGCGCAGUGCACGUCUUCAAGUCCUAGCGGGCCAGAACACCACCGCCACCACCACCACCUCGAGACAGACCCCCACUCUCCACUAGUUUGGCGGUUAUGGUCUCCAUCUCGUUACUCUUCCAACCACUGCUCUCAUAGUGAGAAUGUAACUCUGUUUUCUUCAACGGCAGCACAUUCAGGGUCAGGUUGAUUCGGCUUUCUUCUCUCCAGAGCUGCCCGAUAGGGAAUGAAAAUGAGUCCCCCACCCUUGUGUGGUCAAUAAUUGACCGAGGAACAAACGACCCCCACAUGGUGAGACCAUGGAGCUUGUGUGUGCAGAGCAGGAGGCUGUGCGUUCGCUUUUAUUUUGUUCUUUUCGCCCUCCGAGGUACCCAUUUCUCCAAGGAACGCUUUCGUGCUGCUUCUCGCAUUCGCAGUUUGUUUCAAUGUGAAUGUACGCCUGUAUGAACAUAAACGCGGUCUUCUUUCUCCCCGUCGUGCUUGAACUCGUCCCUUCGACCCGCAACCGAGCCGAAGCAACCGCUGCACUUCGUAGUGACCGAUUAAUAGACCGGGAACUGUUUCACCGAGGGCCGAAAGGUGAACUAGGUGCCAAACUAAGCGUGCGUGACAGAUAUGAACACAUCUCACGCUGUUGUUGCAUUCUGUGUGUGUGUGUGUGUGGUAUGGAUGUUAGUUCCUAGCUUCGUUAACUUUUAGCCGGUUACUGACCCCUGCACCCCAUGGGGGCGGAGCCCUCUGUCUCACAGUGUUGCCGGAUUGGCGUUCGCUUCUCCCAAAGCACUUCCGAGCGACUCCGUCGCUGCCCGGCAAGUGACCGCUUCGGCCUGGAGAGCAAAUACGGUCCCGUUCGGUUUCGGCGGCUCCCUCCGUGUCGCCGGCAGACCUGACGAAGGACCGUUAAGUUCAGACUUGAACGGAGACUUGGCCUUUCCGUUUUCCGGCACCGAGGCCCUCGAACUCGCUCCCUUGAGCGACAGGCGGUAAAGAACCCCGCGGUACGGGUGCGGUCGGUGCCGGACCUGGUGGACCGCAGCAUACGUGGCUUUACAAGUCGGCUAAGCUCUUAAUUCCGUUAUUAUGCGGACGGUGAGUCAGCACACGUGGUGUUUUUUAAGAUGUAAAUUGUGCACUAAUUGCAGUUUACACUGGCCCUCCGGGGACCUUGACUACUGUUACUUGGUCGUGGUAAUGGAGUACUUUACCACGCUUUUCAGCCACCUCCGUCUCGUCCGUUGCGUUCCUUUUAGUGCUGUGAGUGUGAAACUGCGAGAAAAAAAGAGAAGAGGUGCUAAAUAUAGAUAGAAAUAUAUUAAGCGUGUCUCACCAACUGGGCGUCCGUCUUACGAUAUGUAUCUCUAGUUCUCGUUUUAAUAUUUGUCUUUUCGUUUUCUCACGAGGGAAAAGCCUUUAGGUGUCAGAGGCUGUUAUUCUCAUUUUUCGUUAAGUACUUCGGUUUAACUGAACUUGUAGCACUGAGCUCUUAAGCUGUUUGUUCACGCUUACGGCCGAUAGAAUUUAUUUUCGAGGUCAGAGCAAAACCUUAAGGUGUGCGACGUCACGUUUCCGGUCGAUCCAUUUAGUCGUUUCAAAUCUUACAUGGAAUUACUGAGCACUCUUACGAUGUUUACUCAUGCUUGUGGUUACAUAGAGUUAUAUAGAGGAUAUUGCUGUAUUAUUACUUGCAUAUUUUUUUCAGAUGUACAUAAAGUAUUUUUCCCCAUUUGCGAUGAAUGUUCAAUGUCUAAUUUAUUUGGAUAGACUUUUGCAGAGUAAAACUGUUCUGCUCAGUGGUUGGAAUGUUACAGGUUUUUAUUACUAUUUAUUAUAAUCGGUCCAGAUAUGAAAAUCAGAGCUUGUAGAUGUCAGAAUUCUACUGUCCUUUUGUUAAAACCUCCAGUUUUAACAGGUUAGGUUCAGUCACCGCAUUUUUACCCCAUUAGCUGAUGAGUUUCUUUCCCGUACCUGCUCUGGACUAAACGUCAAUGAAAUGUGACGCGUAUGGAGAAUCGUAGGAAGCACUGUGUGUGCGUGCGUGCGUGCGUGCGUCUGUCUGUCCAUCUGUGUAUGUAAUACAAGACAACUGAUGCUGCUAUUUUCUCAAAGAUGUCACACUCACAGGCAACUAGUCACAGAGCGCAUUCUGGUGCAAAGACCCUAAAUGGG